AACUUGUUUUCAGGAACCACAGUAUCAUAUCCACCCCCCAUUGGUGAUUUUGGAAUUAGCCAGGAGCAACUUUCUGAAAUCACGAGGGAUCACAAUCAUAAUGCCUUGGUGGAAAUCGGUGGGGUAAAAGGGGUUGCAGAUGCAUUAAAAACAAAUUUAGAGAAGGGAAUUCAUGGAGACCAUGCUGAUUUACUGAAACGGAAGAGUGCAUUUGGAUCAAAUACAUAUCCUCAGAAAAAAGGGAAGAGUUUAUGGAUUUUUCUUGGGGAAGCUUGUCAAGAUCUUACUUUGAUCAUGUUGAUGAUAGCUGCGGUGGUUUCUAUUGGGCUGGGCAUGAAGACAGAUGGUAUUAAGAAAGGAUGGUAUGAUGGAGCCAGCAUUGCUUUUGCAGUUAUUGUUGGCGUUGUUGUGACAGCCAUAAAUGAUUACAGACAAUAUCUUCAAUUCAGAAUUUUAAUCGACGAGAAGAGAAAUAUUCAUGUAGAGGUUAUCAGAGAUGGCAGAAGACCUAAAGUGUCAAUAUUCGAUGUUGUUGUUGGUGAUGUUGUACCCCUUAAAAUUGGUGAUCAGAUACCUGCUGAUGGAAUUUUGAUACCUGGCUGCUCCCUUGAUAUUGAUGAAUCUAGCAUGACCGGAGAAAGCAAGAUUGUUCAUAAAAAUUCUAGGGAGCCAUUUUUAAUGUCUGGAUGCAAAGUUGUGGAUGGUAGCGGCACUAUGCUUGUAUCAAGUGUUGGGGUUAAUACUAAAUGGGGGUUGCUCAUGGCUAGUACUUCAGAAGACACUGGUGAAGAAACACCCUUGCAGGUGUACUUAAAUGGGGUUGCAACUUUCAUUGGCUCCGUGGGACUUGCAUUAGCUGCUGCUGUCUUAGUUGUCCUUUCAGUUAGAUUCUUUACUGGGCAUACUAAAAAUCUAGACGGAAGAGUUCAGUUUAGAGAGGGCAAUACUAGUGCUGCUGAUGCAAUAAAUGGAGCCACUAAAAUUCUUGCUGUUUCAGUAGCCACCGCUGUAGUUGCAGUGCCUGAGGGGCUUCCUUUAGCUGUUACCCUAAUUCUUUCCUUCUUGGUGAAAAAAUUGUUGGCAGAGAAUGCCUUGGUGCGCAGGCUUUCUGCCUGUGAAACUAUGGGCUCCAUGACAACUAUUUGCACUGAUAAGACUGGAACUUUGACCUCAAAUUCGAUGACUGUUAUGGAAGUAUAUGUUGCUGGACAAAAAAUUGAUCCUCCAGACAGCAAGUCGCUGUUGUCUCCUAUGUUGUCUUCUUUAGUCAUCGAAGGCAUUGCACGGAACACAACCGCCAGUGUUUUUAUUCCCGAGGGUGAAGGAGAUCCAGUUAUUUCCGGAUCACCAACAGAAAAGGCCAUUGUUGAGUGGGGAUUCAAGCUGGGGAUGGAUUUUGAUGCCGUCCGAUCUGAAUCUUCAGUUAUUAGUGUAUUCCUAUUCAACUCUGAGAAGAAAAAAGGCGGUGUGGCACUGCAACUGCCUGAUUCUCAAGUGCAUAUACAUUGGAAGGGGGCUGCUGAAAUCAUCUUAGCUUCAUGUGUGGGUUACUGUGACGCAAAUGGUAACCUAGUACAGAUGGAUAAAGACAAGGAGUUACUUUUUAAGAAUGUUAUUGAAGAUAUGGCAGCCAAUAGUUUGCGUUGUAUUGCACUUGCUUAUAAAACAUAUGACAUGGACAAACUUCCGGUUGAUGAACAGGAGCUAGCUCAAUGGCCAUUGCCUGAAGAUGAUCUUGUUUUGCUUGCUCUUAUUGGCUUAAAGAAUCCAUGUCACCCAGGUGUCGGAGAUGCAGUUCGCACAUGCCAAAAUGCUGGUAUCAAGGUUCGCAUGGUAACUGGUGACAAUCCUCAAACUGCUAAAGCAAUUGCUUUGGAAUGUGGGAUACUGAGUUCAGAAGAAGAUGCUGUGGAGCCUAAUGUUAUUGAAGGAAGAGUGUUUCGUGAAUAUUCAGAUUCAGAAAGAGAAGACAUCGCAGAGAAGAUCUCAGUGAUGGGGAGGUCUUCUCCGAAUGACAAGCUUUUGCUUGUGCAAGCAUUGAUAAGGAGGGGACAUGUUGUUGCUGUAACUGGAGAUGGAACAAAUGAUGCUCCUGCAUUACAUGAGGCAGAUAUUGGUCUUUCAAUGGGUAGUCAAGGUACACAAGUUACCAAAGAGGCCUCAGAUAUUGUUCUCUUGGAUGACAACUUCUCUUCAAUCCCAAAGGUUGUCCUAUGGGGAAGAUCGAUAUAUGUGAAUAUUAAAAAAUUUAAGCAGUUUCAGCUUACAAUUAUUGUUGCAUCUGUCAUUAUAAACGCAGUGGGUGCAGCUUCUGGUGGUGUCCAGUUAAACACAGUGCAGCUUCUCUGGGUUAAUCUUGUCAUGGAUACUCUUGGAGCAUGGGCAUUAGUUACUGAGCCACCCACAGAUAACCUGAUGCGUAUGCCCCCAGUAGGUCGCAGAGAACCUCUAAUAACAAACAUCUUGUGGAGGAACCUGCUGUUUCAGGUAGCAUAUCAAGUGACUGUGUUGCUUGUUCUUAAUUUUCGAGGAAAGAGUUUACUAGGUUUGGAACAUGAAAUCCCUCAGCAUGCAAACAAAGUGAAGAAUACCUUGAUAUUCAAUGCAUUCGUGCUCUGUCAAAUCUUCAAUGAGGUCAAUUCCCGGAAGCCUGAUGAACUAAAUAUUUUCAAAGGAAUUUUAAAGAGCCAUCUGUUCAUUGGUAUAAAUGCAGUGACACUCCUACUUCAGGUCAUCAUCAUCGAGUUCGGUGGGAAGUUUACUUCCACAGUCAGGCUUAACUGGAAAAUGUGGCUGAUUUCAGUAGCUAUCGCAUUUAUGAGCUGGCCUCUUGCCUUCAUCGGGAAAUUCAUACCUGUCCCUAAAUCUCCCCUGCAUAAGUUCUUUACAAGGAGGUUCCAUCGAGGUCGACGUGCUCAUGGUUAAUCAAUGAAGGUCAUGAGGAUUUGCAGCGCUAACGUAUGCCAUCUAAUACAAGAUUUGUUGGAUUUCUGUCAGCAUUUUUUCUCCAUUUUGGUUUAUAGGAUGACACAUUACAAGGUUACGGCCCUUACGGGCAUACUCUUCCUGAAGGAAAAUUUCAAGCAGCAACACUUUUCUCACGCAGCUUUAUAACCAGGAUGAAGUGGAGAGAAAUUAAUCAUAAGAACUAAAAAUUUUAAUUUAGGAAAUUAAUGUUUGUUUUAAGUGUAAGAAAUUAAAACUUUGCUGAAGUAUUUACUUUCAUUUUUCAAUUAUGGUACAAAACCACAUGAACUUGAAACAAAAUCACAAUUAUUUUCUUAAAUGAGAAAUAUAAUUGUUGAAUAAAAUUACUUAGAUUAUAAUCAGA